AUGGGGCUGGGGGCUCUUACUGUCUGGCUGGGUACGGGGCUGGGGGCUACUGUCUGGCUGGGUAUGGUUGGCGUGGCUCACUGUCUGGCUGUGCAUGGUGGGGCUGGGGGCUCACUGUUCACACAGUGGCUGCGCUCACUGCCUGGCUGGGUACGGUGGCUGGCGGGCCCACCGUCUGGCCGGGUACGGUGGCUGGCGGGGCCACUGUCUGGCUGGGUACGGUGGUUAUGGGCCAACAACUGGUCAGUACGGUGUGGCUGGCGGCUCACUGCUCCGGCUGGGUACGGUGGCUGGGGCUCACUGUCUGGCUGGCACGGUGGCUGGGGGCUCACUGUCUGGCUGGGUACGGUGGCUGGGUGCCCAAUGUCUGGCUGCAUGGUAGUCAGGCCUACUGCCCGGCUGGGUACGGUGCUGGGGGCUCACUGUCUGGCUGGGUACGCGGCUGGCGGGGCUCACUGCCUGGCUGGGUACGGUGGCUGGGGGCCCACUGUCUGGCUGGGUACGGUGGCCAAGUGCCUACUGUCUGGCUGUGGGUACGGUGGCUGGGGGUCACCGCCCCGGCUGGGUACGGUGGCUGCGGGGCCCACUGCCUGGCCGGGUACGGUGGCUGGGGGCUCACUGGCUGGGUACGAAAAUAAGGGCCCGAUCGUCUGGCUUGGGCACGGUGGUCAGGGGCUCACUGUCUGCCAGUACGGUAUUAUGGGCCUGCCUGGCUGGGUACGGUGGCUGGGGGCUGGCUGGGUACGGGAAUAA